AUGUCUCAAGCUAACAAUCAAUCAACUUUCAUCAACAAACGUCGUUCUAUUGAGGAAUUGAAAAUGAAAUACGAAUCAUCAUCUCCCGUCUACGAAACCCCCAAGAUGUCUACAAAACCCAAAUCACCCAAGAAAUUGAAGAAAUCCAAAGUUAAGCAAAUGGCUUCGAUGUUCAAUACCAAAAUGUCACAACUUAUAAAACGUGAUACAGAAGUGGGAAAGUAUUCCACUUUGGUAAAUGCAUUCUCACCAGAACCUAAGCCUCAACCUAAAGCUACCAUUGACAAACCUGUUCCCAAGCCUAGAACACGUUUUACCAAACCUAAAACACCAGUGCCUAGUCCCAGAACUAAAACACUAAACCAAAAUCAAACAAAGCUCUCAAUUUGUUUUGUGGCUGAAGAGGUAUUUGCCAAGUUGUCGGUAAAGGAUAAAGCCAAAUUCUAUACACAAUUUGUAGAGGAAAUGUCUAAAAAGAAUCCUCAAUUCGGACAACAUGCUCAACUAAUGGGUGUCAGCACCCAAAAGAAUAUAAACCAUAGUGGAGUUAUUGUUGAAAAACAAGCCACCGUUAAAGAUUUACUCGAUGAAUUGGAAUUUAAUAAAGUUUUUCCUAAACCCACCGCUUAUAAGAGUCAUGCUAUACAAAGAAUGGAUUCAAUGAAGAGAGCCUUAGCGGCACGCAAAAAAUUACUAGUAAAAACUUCUACUCCUCUUAAAGCCAAGGAAUUUGAGGAUAUUUUCAACAAGGAUAAGCCAACUAAUCAAGAAAAAGUGAAAUCUUUGCCUCGCAUACAUGUGGGAAAUCAAAAUAUAUCAUUGGAACAUCAGCCAGAUUUGACGACUAAUACAAUUUUCCAAAAUCAACAAUUAGAAGAUUUAUUCUUUUCAUGGUUUAAGGAGAAACACGAUAAAGAUGAUGGUGUUGAGGACAUAUCUAAUCAAUCGGAAGUGGAUGAAGAAAAACAAAAAUCUGCUAUAGAUAAACUAUUGGAAGAAGCUAUAGCUAAGUUGGAAGUUUUGGAAAUCGAACAGAAUGCUGAAGCAACUCCUUCACCUAAAAGAAACUCCUUUAGUUCAACAUCCUUGACGAAAGCCUCAGAAACCGAAGAUAGUGAAUCUGGUUUAUCUUCUUUACCCAAGAAUACCAGUGAGGAGUCACAAACUGAAAGUCUGGGCACUAAAACAGACAAUUCGGAAAAUGAUUUUGUAUUUGCCCAACCUUUGAAGCCUUUACGCAAAAAGAAGUUAAGACGCAAUGCUGUAUUCAAGAAAGAAGUCUCACAAAAUGAAAUCAACCAAAUAAACUCCACUGAUUCGGAAUCGGAUAGUAAGCAAACGGAAACUAGAGCUAAAAACAAAAAGUUGUUUAUGCAACCAACGGCAGCAGAAGAAGGGAAACAAACCCAUUUUGAAGCGCAGGAAGUUUUAGAAGAUUUCAAUGAAUCCCUAAUAAGAGUUGUAAACUCACCACGCAAAAUCAAAUCAGCCUAUACUCUCACCGUUUUGGAAACUCCUUUGUGUACACCACGAUCAUCGCUCAACUUUGCUAAAACUCAUUUAAACAGGAGUAGUCAUAAUAUAACUCAAACGGCUUGCGAUACCCUAACGGAUCAAGGUUUUGAAACAGCUACCAAUGAUAAUGAAAGUCCACUCAAAAGAGCAUACGUGCCAGCAGAAACAAACUCACCACUCUCUUCUAACUUGAAUAACAGCAAAAAAGGAAAUUUUGACUACUCAACACCCAUCAAGGAGCAAGAGCAUCAUUCAUUUGCCAAUUGCGGAUCGGGCUCAGCUAAACAACUUUUCAGUCCUAUUGCCAAACCCAUAAAAAGUCGCCGUAAAUCUUUUUAUGACAUGGAAGCCAGACGCAACUCUCUAGCCAUGCAGGUUAUCAGAGAAGAUCAACCUUUGGAAGCUCAAGAAACCUACAAAAGUCAAACAGAACAAAAAUUCUUUGCAAAUGCUCCCACUAUGGAUAUAACUAAGGAAACAACCAAUAAUGCUGUGGAAAAGACUUCAAAAUUUUGGAUAAAUUGUGGUGACUUUUCAGUGGCAUGGGAAAUCAACUACAAUGAAGCCGAAAGAUUGCGACUCUUAUAUGAAAUCUUUAGUCAAACUAGCUGUGAAACCAAGGAUUUACAUUUCGGCAUAGAUGAUCAGAAAUUUUCUGUACAUGGUCCUUAUGAAAGUGAUAAUACCUCAACCCACAUACCAGCUACAAAGGGAUGUUCACACUAUUGGUUCUCUAUCGGAGACUUGGCCAUACCCUUUAGUGGCAAAUACUUAACUCCACAAAAAAUACAACGUCUCUUCCGUGUCAUCAAGGAAACUGUGGAAGAAACUGGCAUUUUACGUUUUGGUGUAGAUCAAGUGGAAUUCUCCAAUGUUCCCGAAUUUUGGUAUCAACCUGCCAAAUUUUCAGUGGAAAGCCAAUACAGCAUGCUAGUGGGUUUACAAUCUGGUGAUAGCAAUGGCUUAGAAGGACGCAGUAAAUACGCCUGGCCUCACAGUAAACCGGUAAUGAUUAGCGAUCUAGAUGAAUCCGACAACUAUGAGGAAAUUGAGCGAGGACGUUUAUCUUUCUCCCCCUUUGGCAGCAAUCAUUAUGAUUUAGCCUCCUUGGAUAAUGAAGAACUAUCCAUGCCCCGCAAUAGCCAAGCCAUGAUGAGUCUAGAAUCAUAUUGUGGUGAAUAUGAAAGUGAACCUUUGGAUCAACUUUUCGACGACAAUCAAGAAGAUAGUCAACCAUCACAAAAUUUAUCACUGCCCGAAAUGGUUUACAACGUAGAAAAUCAACAACAACGUCUAAGUGCUGUACAAGAACAUUUCUCCCGAUAUGUUAAACCCUGCUAUAUACCCAAAGAUUCUUUGGAUGUUUAUAAGGGUACCCCAGAAUAUGUGGAGAAACUCAAGGAUAUUGUGGCAGAUAUCAGUAAUAUUGGCUGCAGUAAUCAUUUUAAAUCAUGCUCUGUGGAUGAACUGGAAAGUUAUAUGCAUUUUCUUAGUCGUUAUGCUGAAAUCUGUUUGAGUAGUUGCAGCCAACAUAUGGAAACAGUUUUGGAAGCUUUAGUCGAUUAUAAAGCAGUAGUAGUUUAA